AUGUCAGGCUAUACCAAGUUGGCGAAGUUCAUGACCCAGAAACAUCAUCCCAUCUUGAGAAAGUUUCAACAUCUCGCGACUCGUGAUCUCUUGUACUUACAGGCCGAGCUAUGCGAGCUGGACUUUAAACACGACACAAUUGCCAAGAAGGAUGCCCUAGAGACAGAUGAGAGGCAGUAUUAUGGUCGAGACUGGCAAUAUCUGGAGAGCUCAAAUCAAAGAGGCUUUGGCGGCGAGCAGUGGGCCGUUGCUCUUGCCACGAGAGCAAAGUUGCGAGAGUACUAUGCAGCUUUGUCGCAGUAUUCCCAGAUUGCCUCAAUUCCUGAGCCAAGCCCAUCGGAACGAACGAUAUUGCAUGACUGGAUUGGAAGUCCGGCAAUGGGAGGCGGUUGCGGAUUUCUUGGUCGCGACCUCGGAGGCUAUGAGCAGCUAUCCGUCUAUGAAGAUCUUCACCAGAGCGACUUGGCCAUUCUUUCUGAUGCCCAUGGAGAAGACGAUCUGUUUACCAGAUUUGUCACUGGACCUCUGCUCACGCUUUAUCAUUGGAUUUUGAAACGUAGAAGAAACCCACUGGCCAUUGACCCAGAGAAUCCCCCAGUGGGCGACAAUCGGAGCAAUUUACAUCACUAUGAUGACCGUCGUAUCGAAAUGGUCACAAAUAUUUUAGGAACAGUCUUUUCAUCAUUCGCACCUUUGCUUUCCAUCGUUGUGCUAUCGUUUGUGAGUAAUGCAAAGGCGAGACUCGGGCUUGUUUGUGCUUUCACGAUACUAUUCACCUGCUGUCUCGCUGUUGCCACAAAAGCCCGCCGAGUAGAAAUCUUUGCCGCAUCUGCUGCUUUCGCUAGUGUUCAAGUGGUGUUUAUUGGAAGUUCCAAUUCAAACUCAAUCGUGCUGUGAGGACAUGGUCAUUGCUAUAUCGGCAUGUGUGUGCUUCAUGCAAAUCAUGUCGCAAUAUCCUUUUUGGCAAUGGCAUUAGUUGUUGACGACGGAUGAAGAAUGUAUAUAACUGAAGCGGAAAUAAAUCUUGU